CGCUGCUAACAAAAUGACGCGAACCAAGCAGCUCCAGAACCAGCACCAGCUGCACCACCAGCACCACCAGCUGCAUUUGCUGCUGCUGCUGUUCGGCUUACUGCAAGUGCUGCCCGCAAUAGCUGCGCUGCCGCAGCAACCAUUGCUGCUGGAGGCCUCGCCCUCGGAGCAGGCGACGACUGCAACAGCGCCCGCGCUCAACGAUCCUUCGGAUCUCAGCGCUGGGCUCAAUCUCUUGCCCGUGAGCAAUUGGAUUGCUGCUGCCGCCAACGUGGAGCCGCCCGCGCCCGUUCAGUUUAUUCGCAUCGCCAUGAACAGUGGCCUGUGAGACGCCGACAGAUGGCGCCAGCUCAACAUAAAAUACCCAAUUAAUUUAAUAUCCUUUGUUUGUUGGUUACAUUUAUAUAUAUAUAUACUGUAUAUACACUUUUUUUUAAUACCCUGUAAUUAGGUAUAGGCUGCAAAAGGGUGCAAUAAACUUGUGCAUAGUGA